AUGAAGCUCACUCUCCUCCUUCUUGCACUUGUUGCACUCCUUGUGUCUGCCGUCCCACAAGCCGACCGCGCCCACCGCAACAUCGUUCCGUCUUCGAGCUGCAACAAUUCCCCUCGUGAUUGCGACCCGAAGAUUUCCAGCCAAGGCAACGCCGAUCACGACUCGUUCACCACCGGCGACACGGAUACGCAGGCGGAGAAGGACCCUUACAGAACGGCGAAGGUGCUUGGUGGACUAUACGCGAUGGCUAUCUUUGUCCUGCUUUUGCUAUAG